AUGUUUGAAAACCUCUGUUCUUUACCUCUCAGCUCCGAGCUCUUCGCCCAAGCUCUACAUCCUACCGAACCUGUUCUCUCAGUUGGUCUUUCGUCUGGUCAUGUACAAAGUUAUCGAUUACCGCCUACUGGAGCUUCUGCUGAGGAUGAAGAUGGAGAUACGAGUGUGGUAAGCACGGGAACUAGUACUAUUGACACGGAAUGGAGAACUAGGAGACACAAGGGAAGUUGCAGGACAUUGGGGUAUAGUCAUGAUGGUGAAGUUCUCUACUCCGCCGGCACUGAUUCCCUCCUGAAAGCCGCCGCAUCUUCCACCGGCCAGGUCAUCUCCAAAAUCCUCAUCCCCAAUACCAACACCGAUAAACUCGAUCCUCCCACCCUUCUCCACGCCCUCUCCCCUCAAACUCUCCUCCUAGCCACCGAUUCCUGCGCUCUCCAUCUCUACGAUCUCCGCGACAAUUCGUCUUUCAAAUCUGGUAAACCGGCUCAGACACAUUAUCCACACGAUGACUACAUAUCUAGUUUAUCACCGCUCCCACCUACAGAAAUGAGCACGAGCGGGUUUAGUAAACAGUGGAUCACGACGGGAGGAACUACAUUGGCGGUUACGGAUCUCAGGAGAGGAGUGCUCGUCAAAAGUGAGGACCAGGAAGAGGAGUUACUGAGUAGUGUUUUUGUGAGCGGGUUACCUGCGAGGGGAAAACACGGGAGAGAAAAAGUUUGUGUGGGGAAUGGAAAUGGGGUUAUUACGCUUUGGGAAAAGGGAGUUUGGGAUGAUCAGAGCGAGAGGAUUAUUGUGGAUGGGGGUGGAAAGGCGGGCGGCGAGAGUCUGGAUGCUAUGAUUGCGAUGCCGGAGGAUUUGGAGGGUGGAUAUGGUGGGAAAUGUGUGGUGGUUGGAUGUGGAGAUGGGAGUGUGAGGAUUGUAAGGGUUGGGGGGACGAAGGGGGUAGUGGAGGAUAUGAAACAUGAUGAUAUUGAGGCGGUUGUCGCGGUGGGAUUUGAUGUUGGAGGAAGACUGAUUUCUGGAGGUGGAGAUACGGUUAAAGUUUGGAACGAAAGGGUCGAGGAAGAUGAAGAAGAGGGAGAAGAAGAGCAAGAAGAUAUGGAGGAUAAUGACGAUAUCGUGGGUGAUGGUGGAAAGCGCGCAUUGGAAAAAGACAGCGAUGAUAGUGAUGCCAAGGCAGACAGCAGCGAUGAGGAAGAUGGCGGACGCAAGAAACGCAAGAAGAAGAAGAGGGGAAAGAAAGGACCGGUUGAAAAUGGAAUCUUGAAGUUCAAGGGCAUGGAGUAA